ACCCCAUAUGUUUUAUCACACGUGCGUGAAGUUAAUAAGUUUUAAGGGUUGGAGGGUUGAUAACGUUCUAAAUUUUGUUCUCUUUCAAGUUUCAACGCAACGACAACAUGCAACGAAUUGUGAAACCCAAAACGCAGCGCGCCAAACGUGCAUUGGUGAAGAGAGACUCUAAGGUGGUUGAGAACACAAAGAAAUGCACCUUCAUACGAGGAGGCAACACAAGCGAGACGAUCACAAGAGUCCUGAAAGAGUUGUACACUCUUAAGAAGACAGACAGCAAUAUGCUGCAAAGGAAAAACAUGUUGAGGCCGUUUGAAGACAGGACCCAGCUGGAACAUUUUUCCAAGAAAUUUGACUCGUCCCUCUUCCUCUUCGGCAGCCAUUCCAAGAAAAGACCAAACAAUUUAGUAUUUGGGAGAAUGUUUGAUCAUCAAGUUCUGGACAUGGUGGAGUUGGGCGUGGAGAAGUUCACAUCCAUGUAUGAAAUCAAGAGUGCAAAGUGCAUGUCAGGAACCAAGCCCUGUCUCGUCUUUGCUGGGGAUGCCUUUGAAACAGAACAUGAAUACAAGAGACUGAAAAACCUACUCAUAGAUUUCUUUCGGGGACCUGAUGUGAAGAAGGUACGUCUUGCUGGGCUUGAGCAUGUCAUUAGCGUAACGGCAGUCAACGGCAAAGUCCUAGUCAGAAAUUACAGGGUCCAGCUGAAGAAGUCUGGGAGUAAGACACCGAGAGUAGAGUUGGACAAUAUCGGACCAUCCUUAGACAUGGUCUUGAGGAGGAGUCACCUUGCCUCAUUAGAUCUCUACAAACAAUCCAUGAAGAAACCUAAAGUUAUCAAGCCCAAGAAGAAGAAGAACAUCAACCACGACGUGUUUGGCACCAAGCUGGGUCGUAUUCAUAUGGAGAGCCAAGACUUGAAAAACCUCCAGACCAGGAAGGUCAAGGCCUUGAAAAGGCAGGCAGCGGACGGAGAAGAUGGCGAGAAGGAACAAAAGAAGAAACCCAAGAAAGACACAACAACGGCAGAAUGAAAUAUGACUCUGACUUUAACAACUGAUGUUGUGUCUCUUUUGCGUCUUACAGCCCAAGGAUUUUAAUAACUGAUGUUAUGCACCAAUCACCCAAAACUGUAUGCGUAAUUUAUUUUUAUAAGUAGCUGUUAUAUUACAGCUAUGUUCAUGUUUUGCUCCUAAACUCCUGUUGUCAAAUGGGAAGGUCAGAAUAGUCAGUUCCCUUUUUGGUGUACAUUGAGAAUCAAUUUUCAGUAUUGAUAUUAUAAACAGGGAACAUGACCAUGGUUAGAGCAGCAUGUUGCCCCUUGUUGAUCAUGAAUAUCAGGAAAAAAUUCUCAUAAAUGUUUUGCCUGAUUAUUAUGGUAAAAGGAAUGGGAAACUUUUGGACGGUCCUUUUUCACAGUCCUCGCCAGUAGUGCAAAUGCGCAGACCUACUCGCACAAUUCUGAGCAUGUGCAGCGCACACUCAGAGCCGGAAAAAAGGACGGUUUUGUCAACUGCCUCCAGCGACUCGAAAGUCUCCCAUUGAGUUUAGCAUCUGGUAAAUUUUACAUUGGGUGGACAAUAUGUACAGUAAUUAUAUUGGGGUAAAACAAACCUUCCAAGGCUAUUGUAGUACCAUAAGUUUACAACAAAGAGCAUCCUUGUCAAUUUUUGGCUGACCGGCAUUUGGAUAAUUUCUAUAGUUCUUAAUUGAUGCCAUUUUUACAAGUAUCUUGAAUUUUGCUUUGAGCUCUGCACCAAGCGUUGUAGUUAUUUUACUUGGCUAAGUGGUUCAUUGACCAAUCUUGAAUUUGAUAGAAUUUGAUAGAACUCCAUGUGCUACAUGCAGUAUGUGGUGUGUACUCAUUAUGCAUAAUUGUACGUACAACAAAUGACUAUCAUAGUCUGUAGGAAUGGCCGACUUUACACUGUGUGGUGUCAAGUGGGAAGGAAUUUGUACUUGAACUUAAACACUUCAUUGAUUGCAAUGAAAAAAACAAAAAUCAGAAUGAGAUUUUAAAAGGAUGUGGCCUCCCGGUUGAAUAAAGAAUUAGUGAAAUUGUA